CGAAUGACUUGAUUUAUUUACCGCCCUAAUCUGCCGAGGCGAGCUUAACUACCCCAUCAAUGACUAAACCGCGCAUGGUAUUUGCUCCGAUUCGAAACGGCGUUCGCGCCAGCCAGCUCUCACGUCGUUCUCCGUCUCACUGUCUAUGGGUGUCGUUCUUCAGCUUAAUAGAACACACGAUCAUUGGUUGAACAGUGUUAUGUUUGUGGUUAUGGCGGUCUUGGAAAAUGUUUUGUACUCUGUGAUCGUUGCAAAGCUCGUCUACAUGUGUAUCAAGCAAGGUUCACUGGAAACUAAUCCAAGAGGAACUUCUCUUAUUGCAUCAAAAUCAAGCUCCACUGGGGUAGCUAUCCUUGAAAGCAAUGAGAUUUCUCCAAUUGAGGAAGAACCAACUAAAGUUGGAGAUGAUGCAUCCUCAAAAGGAAAAGGAUGCAAAUCAGUCAAUCAAAGUUUUACGGAAAAAUUUAUCAACCUCGAAAAGGUAUCAACUGAGGCGGUAAAGCAAGCAGCUGAAAGAGCAUCAUGCCCAUCAUUGGCAAUGAAGAAGCCUUCAUUUUCCCUGAGGCAAUUGGGCGCUUCAGUGUCCCUGAGGCAUCUGGGUGAUGAGGCUGAACAAGCAGUUCAUGGAAUACCACCUCCAUCUUUUCUAACUGGGAAAUCUCCACAGCUGCCUGAUUAUUCAGGCAAAAAGAAACAAGCAAUUAAUGAAAAAUUAUCGGCUCCCAUACCAGCAAAUCCUCUGUCCUCAUCAAGCCAUGGUGAUAAGAAAUCAAUCUAUGAAGUGGUUACUCUAACUCCUUUAGGUGUGAAAUCUCAGCUAUCCCCUAGGCUUCCAAGGAAUAAGCUUUCAGGUAGAAAACGCUACUAUGAUGGUAAACCCAUAACUUCUGAUAUCGAAGAAAGUCAUGACAUGUACUAUCUGCUUGAUUUUUGGAAAUACCCUUCAAACCGUCCUAUGCUUGAAGCUGCAUGGAACGGAAGCUUCGAGAUUCUCGAUAAGGCGUUUGCUGGUAAAUUCUAUGGUGAUUUUGAAGCUCAUCUUCCACAAUAUCCAUGCAUUGUUGAUAGAAGAGUACAUCAGUUUUCCAAGAAUAUGCCAAGAGUACUGCGCUUUGAGCUGCUGCCCCGUUGCAACAUUUGGGCUGAGACCUUUAAGAGUGAUUUUGCUCCCGAUGAUGACAUCUCGCUUUAUUUCUUCCCUGGAACUUUUGAGAGCCCCAAGCAGCAAUUUGAUCACCUGUGGAGGGUCAUGGAGAAAGAAGAUCUGGUAAUGAGGAGUAGCAUGAAUGGUGUUGAGUUACUAGUAUUCACAUCCAAGCGAUUGCAAAAUGCUAAAGAAUUCAACUGGGAACCCUUCUUAUGGGGAGUAUUCCGCAUUAUGAAAAAUAAGAAUGUCUCUACUAGCAUAUCCACCAAUAAACCAUCUCAGAUUCAUGCCUUUGGAGUUGGGACUACAAUCAAACCGCAGUCCUCAAUGCAGGAAAUUAAAAGGCUCAACGACCAUGAAGUUCCUCCUGGGUUUUCUGGAAAAGGUGCUACCAAGGCUGCUAAUGAGGCAACCUUUGAUGACCCUGAAGUUCCUCCUGGGUUUUCUGGAAAAGGUACUAGCAAGGCUGCUAAUGAGGCAACCUUUGAUGACCCUGAAGUUCCUCCUGGGUUUUCUGGAAAAGGUGCAAGCAAGGCUGCUAAUGAGGCAACCUUUGAUGACCCUGAAGUUCCUCCUGGGUUUUGUGGAAAAGGUGCUAGCAAGGCUGCUAAUGAGGCAACCUUUGAUGACCCUGAAGUUCCUCCUGGGUUUUCUGGAAAAGGUGCUAGCAAGGCUGCUAAUGAGGCAACCUUUGAUGAUCAUGAAGUUCCUCCUGGGUUUUCUGGAAAAGGUGCUAGCGGGGCUGCUAAUGAGGCAACCUUUGAUGAGUCUGGUUUGGUGGAAGUUCCUGUUAAACUUCAUCCGAAUGUUCCAUUUUUUCAUGUAUUCUCAAAUGUUUUGGUUGGACUUGAUCGCGCCAAUAUGUGAUUUAGCCAUGGGAGAAAGAAGGGGCGAGGACCACAAGGCUCUUGUUCCGCCCCCACAUCUUUGGUCAAAGAUUGCUCGUCCUGCCAAAAUUGCCCGAAAGGAGAUCCGGCGGGACUGAGAAACAAUGAGUGUUUGCAUCUGCAUACCUUUGUGUUACUCCUGCUCUAUUUGGUCAUCUAUCUUUGUUUGAAGACUUAAAGUUGGAGUUUAUUUUCUCUGUUGAACAAUGACUUUUCAGAUUCUUGGUUCCUAAGCUAAUGAUCUUUUGAUGUUGGACCAACGACCGUCUAUGUUGGAUUUCUUAGUUACCGAAAUAAUUACCAGAAUGCGACUGGAAAUAGUAUAUGGUCUUACUUUUAUUUAAUGUUUUUCAGAUUGAUAAUAUUCUUCUUUUGUUGGAAGGAAAGUGGUGAAUGAUAAUUAAUUAUCCUAAUGGUCAUGCA